UAGUGAGCGGCUCCGCUCCCAGAUCCAGACCCCGGAUCAGGAUCUCCGCCCCGGCCAGUCCAGUCAUGCGGGGCCGCCGCUCGGAGCCCGCAUGCGCCGCCAUGCCGCUGCCAGCCGCCAACGGGAUCCUUUAACAGCCCCCUGGCCGACCCUGGCCGACCCUGACCGAGCGGAGUUCAGUGGAGGAGCCGUAGAGACACAGUAAGGGAGGGGGGUGUCCAGCUCUGCUGUAUAUCCGCGUUUAGCGCCUUUCUGCCCCACGGUGUGUUGAUGUGGAGACUCUGGAGCUAGCGGGGCUAACGAGAACAAGAAACGCCAAUGUCUGUACUAGCUCUGGAAAUUAAAGCAGAUGUCUGUAAAUGAGGAUACUGCAAAAACUGGUAGUCCAGAGGCCAGUUCAACAUCAUCUCUGCAGCUCUCAGACUGUACUGGUGGUUACAGCAGCGUAUCUGUGAUAAUGGAGGAAGCUGCAGCUACCCCGGACUUUGCAGCUGCUUGUCCUGUCCCAGGCAGUGCCGCCUCACCAAAACAUACCAGCACAGACAGUGUUGGACCAAGAGCCAGGGGGAAUGAAAACACCAUCAAUCGAAGGAACAGUUUCCAGCAUUCCAAACAACAACAAACAAAACUAACAAAGCGGCGCUACACAGCAAGUUCUAGUUUUAAACCGCCAACAUCUGGCAAGAGGAGACGAAGGGCCAACUCUGAGAGCGACUCUGUUCUGCCUACCAACUUCCUCUUAGGCGGCAACAUUUUUGACCCUCUGAAUCUCAACAGCCUGCUGGAUGAGGAGGUGAACAGAGCACUUAACGCAGAGACGCCAAAAUCCUCCCCACUUCCAGCCAAGAGCCGAGACCCCGUAGAGAUUCUCAUCCCCAGAGACAUCACUGAUCCACUGAACCUGAACAGUGGAAUAGCAGACAGCAGCUUAUUGGUGUCUCCCUUCAAGAGCAGUGGAAGGAAAAGACAUCGCAACCGACACCACGGUGGAGGAGGAGGUGGAGGUGGCAGCGCAAUUUCAACUUCGCUCAUGAACCUCUCUGAAUCUGGAAAAAGUGAUACCAAAUCUGGCACCUCCAUGCAGCUUCCAGGUAUGCUGGGUACAUGUUCUUCACUAGAUGCCUCCAAAGAGUCCAACAGUUUGUCGAGCGUCACAGGGGAUUCUGAGAACACGGCUGACAACUCGGUCAGCUGCAAGGACGAGGUGGUACCUAUCUCUGUAGAAGAUUAUACCACUUCCCUGUUUGGGGGACCAAAUCAGCAUGCAAGCAGACGCAAAAGGAGACGCAACUCGGGCAAAAUGGAGCUGCCCGUCACCCAUUCUACUCCCAUUUGUAAAUUGGGACCUGGAGACAGGAGUUUUAGUUCGGGGGCACCACAGAAAUGUUUUCACACACCAAGAAGUGGUCCCAAAACAGGCCCGGGACCUCGCCAGCACCAGCAUCCUCACGGUCAGGCAAAGGAGCACCACAAGAAGUUCCAGUAUGGGAACUACAACAAAUACUACGGUUAUCGCAACCCCGGCAAUAGUGAAGACCCACGUAUACAUGUGCUCCACCCAGAGUGGUUUCAAGGUAAAGAUGUCCUGGACUUGGGCUGCAAUUCUGGCCAUCUAACACUUUAUAUUGCCAAGAUGCUCAGACCUGCUCGCAUACUGGGGUUGGAUAUUGACAGUGAUCUCAUACAUGCGGCUCGUAAGAACAUCAGACAUUAUCUCUCUGAGCUGCAAACCCAAGAAGCCAGGCGUGCAGUGCAGGGAAAAGAUAUUUCUAAACAGGAGGAGAGGAAUGGAGACGAGAGUCACACAAGCACUGAAAAGAAGCACAAUGAAGCUGAGAGCAUGGAUGGAACGGAGAAAGGACAUAGAGGCUAUGCAGGCUCUGUAAAUGACAAUGACUCCAGUCCCGCAGAUGACGUGGGUACCCAGGGGCAGGACGGCAAAAUGGAGGAAAUGGAGCAAAAAGAUUGCAAUGCACCCACUGCUGAUCACUCUGUGAACUGCUCUUUUCCCGUGUCCCUGCGGAUCUCCAGGGGGCCCAUCGCAGCUCCCCCUCUAACAGAAACAACCAGCGCUCAGCCUGGGGUGUUCCCCUCCAAUGUGUCCUUCAUGAAGGCCAAUUAUGUACUGGAGAACGAUAAUCUCCUCGUUACUCAGCGCCCAGAGUACAACGUGAUCCUGUGUCUCAGUGUCACCAAGUGGGUUCACCUGAACUGGGGAGACAGCGGCCUCAAGCGGCUCUUCAAACGAGCCUACCGACACCUCCGUCCUGGAGGCCUGUUCAUCCUGGAGCCGCAGCCCUGGGAAUCCUACGUCCGGAGGAAGAAGCUCACAGACAACAUUAACAGGAAUUUUAAGAGCAUCCGUCUCAAACCUGACCAGUUUACGUCAUAUCUCACCAGUGAGGUGGGCUUCACCAGUUAUGAAUCCCUUGAGCCCCCCAAAUGUUCAGCAAGAGGUUUUCAGAGGCCAAUUUAUAUUUAUCACAAAUGACUUCCCCUACCUUGAAUGCCGCUGAAUGUGAGUUGCCUGAUCCACCACCGUUCGUUCAAGCCAGCAAGCUGCACUGGACUGAGAGGAAACUUCCCCAAGAGCUUCAUUAGCUCUCAACACUGAAGAUGAGAAUACGAGGAAAAUUUUAAAUGGGACCAAAAUUGGAUAUUAAUUUUGUAAAGAUACAGCUCUGUUAAGAAGCAGCUUCUAUGAGAAUCCUUUGGGACAAAACAUAUUUAGAUGUGACUCCGCGGAACAGGAGACAGAAAGAAAUUUAAAAACAACAAAAAAAUCCCACCACACACAGACUUUGUCCACACAGUAGAGGACAUGCUUUCCAUCUGUUAUUUCCUCCAAAUGUUAAUGAUUCCCCAGACUGAUGCAUGGCCAUACCUCGUAUUUGAAUAUGUUUGGUCAUCCCUUACGUUGUUCUCUGCCACCACGUCACUUGUCAUUCUACAUACUGGGCUCGCCUACUGGUCACCAUCACUAGAAAUGGAAUAAAAUUAAAUUUGUGGUACAUUUGCAAAACUACUGUGUAUUGAAAUACAAAUCAAUUUAACAGGUAAAAUCUUAGUCCAGGUAUUGUUUUAUUCUGUGUAGAACACUGCAUUUAUAAUUGAAUAAGAACUGCUGGUUGCAUAAAAUGAACAACUUAAAACACUUUAACACGUCUUUAAGUAAGUGUAACACUUAUAUCUCAGGUAUUGGUGUCCCAAUUUUUUUUUUUUGCCAAAAUGUAGCUUAUGUCAAAUUUGUAUUUUUACAAGAUAAGGAACUGUUAAAAUUUUCAUGAAUGUGUUUAGAGCUGUCACAAAUUCCACUAUUUAAAUGGACAUAAUUGGGGGGAAAAAUCUACAUUGGAAAAAAAAAGCCUUAAGAAGUGAACAGUGAUUCGUCUUAAGUCACAAAAGUAACAAUAUAAAGUUAUCUUUAAACAUCCUCAAAAAAGCAAGAUAUCAGUGCACAGCUCAAUGUUUGGCUUGUUCUUGGGAAAAGUCAGUGAUGAAACCUUGUCAUGGUGAGUGACAAAGCAGUUCAGAAAGAUCUGCAUCGGUUUUAUCACGGUGGCGGUUAACAGGGAUCUUAAAGCUAAAUUACUAAGAGUUUUUUCUGACUGAAUUAUCUACAAAACUUUGGACCCAUCAGAUUUGCAGGUUUUGUAGUUAGGAAACGAAUCAUUUCAAGAGUCCAAGAUUUUUGAUACACCAUUUGGUUUAUUUUGAGCUGUAAUGAAAAUAGCGCAGAGGCCACAAACGUGAUUGUUGGAAAACAGAUUUGUUGCGUGUCUUGAUCUGUUCUCACAGUUAAGCCAUACCGUAUGUGCUGAACAAUGUAUUUGAUGAGGUGCUCAUGAAGGGAACCACAGCAGAACAUCUAGAGAUGAACGGUGAGAGGAGCUGCUUUGGUGCUCAGCUUGAUCUGGACAUCACUGCUGGACCACCAUCAUUUCCAAAACUCUCCAUCCUUUGCAUUGUUUUUCUAGUCAGACAUAAACUUCUGUAAGCCAAGCAACUGUUCACAUUUGUGCUGAAUUAAUUUUUUUUCUUUAAAGGAAACAUCCACAUGAUUUGUAAUCUUUUUUUUUUUUUUUUUUUCCUUUUUUAAACCAGAUUUAAAUAUACAUUUGUAAUAAAGUGCUACCAGUUUAUGGAUCCUCUCUAUUUGGCAAAUGAUAUCAGGGGGCUGACAUGGUGGUUUUCUGGAUCUUUGUGAUGAUGAUAUCUUGUGGCAGUGAGCACUGCUCUUCUCCAACCUUAAUAUCGUACCAUUAUAAGUGACCGGGAGAAAAAAAUCUUCCUUUUUUUUAUGGGAAGAUUUUUUAGGAUAGACUGAUUCUUAUGUUUUUAUUUCAGUAAGUGACUAAUGUAAAUAUGUUUGCAAAUCUUUUUUUGUUCUUGUUGUUGACGACAUUGAUUUCAAACUGCUUUCCCCUCCUCAUUUUUCUUUUCCUUAAAUAUUUGCUGCCAAUUUAUGAGACUCGGAGGUCUUUUUGUCUCUUAACAGACUGAUAACUCAGCUUUGUAAAACAAAUGAAUGUCUCUUCUGAUGUUUUUGCUUCGUUCUGUCCUGGCAGGCAAAUGGAUUGUUAGAUUAGUGCUUUAUUUUUUUAUUUUGUUUUAAUUUUUUCGGGGGUUUUUUUGUCUGUUUUUGAUAAAUUGUUUGA